AUGGUAUCACCCAUCGAUCAACUCGUCAAGGGCGCGGCCCCUGAGAACAGGGCGCCCGCGCCCGAGCCGUUGCACUCCCCCUCCUCUCCUCCACAAAUCUACUUGAAUCUGUUGAUCCUCGAGGCAUCUCUCCGAGCGCAGUAUCUGGCCUUACGCGAGCGCCGUCGUCAAAAUACCUUCUUCCUGCUCCUGUUGGCGGCAUGGAUUACCUACUUCUCAUAUGCCUUGUUCCUUCGCCCGAGAGAAGAUGGCCGUGGAGUCGGUGGCUCGGUCUAUUGGAUGGUGGAAAUGGGAGAAAAAGUGGCACUUCUUGGGGGAGUUGUGACUGCAUUGUUGGUUUGGGGCACAGGGCAAUGGGAACGUGGAAUCCGCUGGCCGCGGCGCUGGCUCGCUGUCGCCAAUCGCGGCCUCCGCACGAUGAACACCAAAAUUAUUAUCAUUCGAGGCCCCUGGUGGCAGGAACUACUGUCCUACGUCUCUUUCCUCUUCCCAUUCUCCCUCCCCUUUUUCCCCUCUGCUACAGGGAACUUCCAUUACGUCGAGCGUCAUCCGUCCGAAAGGCGUGGUAGUCGGCCGCACUACCAGCAAUAUUACAAUGGUGGAGAUAGCGAGACCGGACUUAUAGAGGAAGACUUGAGCCCUGGCGGUGACUAUAUCCGUCUACUUUUGCUGCCGAAGUCAUUUUCACCGGAAUUCCGCGAAAACUGGGACGAUUACCGCACCGAAUUUUGGGAGAAGGAGAACGAACGGCGCACUCAAUUGUACCAUAAACUGCGCGAGCGGGAGCGGCAUCUUGCUAGGACAGAGGGCGGCUGGCUUUCUCGUCUUGGAAUUGGCUGGCGUACUACACAGCGCCGUCGCCUUGUCGCCCACCGGUCUUUGGAUUCGGAGCACAAAUCUCACCAUCAUCAACAACAUCACCCAUCUAUUUCAUCGCGGUUGAGCCAGGAGCAUCGUGCUUCUUCUGUGCGGCGGUCGACUCGCUCUGAGUCCUCUCAUUCUCGUACCUCGUCUCGCAGCUCUACUCCUGCGAAUCUUGAGGAUCGCCCUCCAUCGCGCUCCGGUCCAACAGGCCGCCCUCGCCGUUCAAGCACUGCACAGUCUGCUUCGGGGCCCGAACAAACACCCCAGCAGCAACGUAAAAGGAAGGGUUCCAAGUCCCUUCGCCGGGGUCUUUCGCCUCUUACACAGGCUCAGAUUCGUGAAGGUGUACGGACGCCGUCGUUUUCGUCAGAUGACUCGGGCAUCUUACCAAUGGGUGAGAAGACAGGCACACGGACUCCUACACCCUCCGAUCCUGCUUGA